CAAACAAAUAAAAAUAAGGACAACAUAUUUUGCAUAACGAAUACAUUUUUAAAAAUAUUUUUGCAUGGUGUGAAAUUCAAGGGCCUCGGAAUAAAUCCACUGAUCAAUCAGGCUGGCUAAUGUUUGAUCCUACGUGGAAGUAAGCCAGAAAUGGGCCUGGGGCUGGAUCGGGAACCAGCUAACAAUAAUCUGUUAAGGUCGCAGCCCCGUUUGUGCGACUUUUUAUUAAAUAAAUACGUUGCCUUUUUAAAAGAAUACAAGUACAUUGUGCAAAUUAAACCAAAAACAACAAUUCGGUUUUAACUAAAAAUGAGGCACUCAAAUAUUUUUAUACACAAAGAUACAAUGGAAUUCGGAUAAAUCACUUUUUUUAAAUAAUUUUUAUUCCCAAAUUGUGCCAAUUAAGGCACAGUUCUACUAUCCUGUGGUCAUGGAGCCACCUGGCGGUGUAUCGUCGGACAAAGAUAGGCAAUUAGUAGUACAUCAACAACCAAACUUAACCCUCUUAAAAUCUGCAAAACAUCAACAACCUCAACAACAACAUUCAGCACUCAUGGGUAUAUCGGUUGGAAGUCAACAAACUAUCGAAAAACUUUCUCGUCCAUUAGCGUUUGAUAAGAUGGAAUCUUUGGUGCGAGAAAUGCAAGAUCCGGAGCACGGAGUUCCAGUGAGGCAGCAGAAAAUGUUUUUGACAUCGAUCCCUUAUGCAUUUAUGGGAUACGAUUUGAUUGAAUGGCUAAUGGAUCGUUUGAUGAUUGAAGAAUCUGAAGCACUUAAUAUUGCAAAUCAAUUGUGUCUGCACGGUUAUUUCUUUCCUGUCAAUGACACGAAAACUCUUGUAGUCAAAGACGACUCAUCACUCUAUCGGUUCCAGACUCCCUACUAUUGGCCUUGGCAACAUAAAGCACCUGAUAAUGUAGAGUAUGCCAUAUAUUUGGCAAAGCGAUCUCUGCGUAAUAAACAACGACACGCCUUAGAGGAUUACGAAAGCGAAGCAUUGGCUAGUUUGCACAAAAAUCUCAAAGGCAAAUGGGAUUUCAUUUCUAUGCAAGCUGAUGAACAGGUUCGACUGGCAAAAGAACGAAAAAAAGGUGACAAAAUUGUUGGAGAUUCACAGGAGCGUGCUUAUUGGCGUGUCCACCGUCCACCUCCCGGCCAGUUUACUCCUUUGGAACCUUGUCCAGUACCAUCUCGAGAUCGACAAGGAUUGAAAUCUAAGAAAAAAACCGUUGAAGAUCUUCAACGCGAAGUAGACUAUUUUCAAAAGUCUCUCACCCGCACGCGAAUGAAAAUGUCACAAGCUUGUGAAAGCUUAGUCAGCUAUUCAGAGACCUUUGCUGAUUAUGAUUUCUUCUUACAACCAGUUCUUCCUUCUAAUCCAUGGGUAUCUGAGGACAUAACAUUUUGGCAGCUGAACAAUACAAUUGUCGACAUUCCAACAGAGAAACGAGUGCGGCGAUGGGCCAUUUCGAUUGAAGAACUCGUCUCAGAUCCAACUGGCCUGCAUGAAUUCACUGCAUUUCUUGAAAAAGAAUAUUCUCAUGAAAAUAUACGUUUUUGGAUAGCUGUUAAUCGUUUAAGACGUUCGGCUCAUUCACAAGUCUCGAAAAAAGUCACCGAAAUUUAUGAAGAAUUUUUAAAGCCUGGAGCACCUUGUGAGAUUAAUAUCGACGGAAAAACAAUGGAAAUAGUUCAAAAAGGCUUAAAAAAUCCUUCCCGGUUCACCUUUGACGCAGCUGCUGAACACAUUUAUAUGUUAUUAUUAAAAAAGGAUUGUUAUCCUCGUUUUAUUCGAUCGGAACAUUAUAAAAAUCUCUUGGCCACCGGUAUACAGCCAUUGCAUAAAAAGAGAUUCUUUAACUUUGGCGGAGUCGGUGUAAAAAAGAAGGUGGCGGUGAAUGCUGCAACAACUCUAUCUACUACUCAAUCACACGUAAGUGGAGCUUCGGGAGUUAGUGCUCCUGUGCCGCUUCCAGGACAUUUAACGCGUCGCAGAGGUAGUGACAGAAGUCUCUCGGGUUCAGUUCAUGAAUUAGCGGUUAUUGGAAUUAAGGACGCAGGCAACAAAGUCCCUCAUUCUCAUAGUCAGAGCAAUUUGUGUGAGAUUACCUACAGGGACGGUGUGAAGCCUGCCGUGGAUAAAUUAGAAACAACUAUGGAAUCAGCGAGUGCUAUAUGUCCAUGGGAUGAAGCUGAAACUAUACAAGAUCCUUCAGCUACGAUACAGCUUUCGGUAUGUCCAUGGGAACAGGAGGAAAUACAAAUCCCACAAACAACCUCCAAACGACUACCAAGUACUUCAUCUGAUAUAUCUGAUGUUUCUGAUCGAAUGAGAAGAUCAUGUGGUCUUAGACAAAAUACUGUGGAUAGUUGUGAAAGCAGCUCAAAACGAUUGAUGCCUAAUUUUACCGAACAACGAAGAGCUUCGGUAACCUUGACACCAAGAAUAUCGGAGUAUGCAAGAUCUAUGAAAGCAACAUCUCUUAAUGUUCCAAUUUAUACCGAAGAUGUUUCAUUUCUUUCUUCUGCUGAAGAUUUAAAAAAAUCAACAACUAACAUAGAUAGUGAAAAUGUAUCUGCUGUUCUAAAUAAACCUAUCGAAUCAGAACCUAUUCAACCAUCCGCUGAAACAUUAAUUUCGACUGCUGAAAUAGAUGACGAUGAAGAACUAAAAAUAAUGCCUGAUGACAAUCCCGAUGAAAAAACUAAAGAUACAACUGAAGACGACGUACAAACUGAAGUACAAAUUGAGUUGAUACAAAUGGACACAAAUUCCGAAACACAAAAUCUCGCUUCUACUUCUGUUGAGAUACCUGAAUCGUUUGUUAAGAGCGAUGUAAAAUUCGAUAUACCAACUCCUGAAGUAAACAAUCCUCCUUUGGCAGUUGAACCUGCUGAGCAACUUGACAUUCCUGCCAUCAGUAACUUAAACAUGGCAUUAGAUGAAACCAAAAAUGCAACGAAUAAUUGUAAGAUUGCUAAGUCAAAUUCAAGUAAUUGGCCAGCUAACGAUACUAAAUUACCAAUAGCCAACACCUCUAGUAGCCUUAAAAAGGCUCCAUCAAUUCAAGUCGAAAGUUUAAUAGAUUUAAAAGAACACGAAAUUCCAAUGAAAACGGAAUCUGAUACAGUAAAUGUUAUAACUUGCCUUGAUCCGAUUGAGGCCGAUAUACCCAUAGAGCUUCCUUCAAGUGCAACUCAAAAUCAAGCACUUUGUAUUGUUAAAAACAUAAAAAUUGAUCAGGAUCUUGAACUCUCAUCGGUAGACCCUAGAGAAGAAGAGAUGUGCGAUGAGGAAGCUCUUCUUCAUGAAGAGCUUUCACCAACUACCGAUGAAUACCAUGAGGGUCUUCAGUUUGAGGGCCGAACUGAAUCCUAUGACUAUGACAUUGACGAUGUUAUAACUCCUGGUUGUGUUGCACCAGCACCAACGCCUGCGCCCUCGCUUGCGCCACUUGCUGAAAUCGAUAUUGAUCCAGUUGAAGAUGAACUCGAGCAACCAGUUAAAAAGCCAGAGACCGAGGAGUUAAAGAAAAAGCGAAAAAAGCAUAGUUCGGAAAAUCGGAAGUCCCUUGAUAAGACUGGACCUGAUAAUGCUGCUGGUGCACAAUCUAAGCCAGAGAGUGAUGCAAACCAUAAAACUGUUUGUCCAUGGGAGGAUGAAGACGUUUCUUCAAGCGAUACAACUUUUGUGAAAACCUAUGCUACACUUGGUUAUUUGUGAAUAAGAUUCUUACAACUCCACAAAGUAGAAGUUAAAAUGUAGGGCAAAUAGAUUUUUGUUGUUAACUAUAUUUUUAUGCAACGACAUAAAAAUAUUAAAUGAACAUGUUUAAGCCAAAAAAGGACUUAGUUUUAUAUUUAUAAAAAUGCACUUAAGAAAUUGUCUUUGCUAAAAGCUUAAAUUUAUAAUUCAUCGCAUAUUUCUAGUAAGUUUUAUAAAAUGUAUACACGUUCUUAUUUACAUAAUAAACAAAAUAACAGAAAAAGAAAUCAAAUUUCUUUAAAAUAAGAAACAAAACAAAAAAUAAAUAAAGUUAUCUAUCAGGUAUUAUAUUGUUAUAAAUAAUAAAAAAAAAAUAAUAAUUCACACUACAAACGAAAGUUUCUAUUACAUUUACCUUAGUCAUGUUCACACACUUAAAAGUCAGGAAAAAUAAAAUAAAAAAUAUUUUUUUUUUAUUGUUUUAAUUUGUAUUAUGUCAAUAUUGUUUCUAAGGUUAACACAAAGCAGAUGGACUACAAAAUUUGUAUUGCUUGGCAUACAAUGAAUUUUAGAGCCCCAGUAUGUAUGUCAAACAAUUCAACUUUUUGGAAAUGGAUUAAAUAUACACAUAAUAUACUGUUAAUAUUUUCUGUUACGACAAUAAAUAUCGACUUAAUCGAUUUGUUGGCUUUAAUUUUCAUACAAACCAUAAUAAUGACUUGAAAUGGACAAAAAAACGGUUGACAAGACACAUUAAAUGAAAUAAAACGAUAUAAUUUAAUAUGGUGUUUUAUUAAAAAAUUAUUUACAAUAAUGCUCUUUGUCUAUUAUCCCUGGUUAAAAAAAUAUAUAAAUAUCUUUAAACAGAUUACAUAAGUUAUAAGAACAAAAGUAAACUGUUUAUGUCUAUUAAAUAGAAAAAAAUAAAAGUAUAAAGGAUUCUGUAAAAUUGGACUACAUAAUGUGAUCUUCCAUGUGUAAAUUAAUAAUAAUUUAAUUUGUUUAACUAAAAUCAUGUAAAAUGUAUGCAUGCUGUGCGAUUUAUCGCAUGUGUUUUUAAUUGACUGAGUUUUACUUAAAUAUAAGUUAAAAUUAAAUAAAUCAAAA